GACCCCGCGGAGCGGAGCCGCGUGGUCAGCGUGGGCUUCCCGUCGGUGGUGCAGCGCUCCUACGCGCCCGAGGGGCAGGAGCUGGCGGCGGUCACCGUCAUGGGGGAGCUGCCCGAGGAGGCCUGGGUGCGGUCCGAGGUCGAGAGGGUGCUGGGAGUGGGCUGCUCGCGGUGGCGGCACCUGCGGACCUACGACAGCCCGGGGGCGCCGGGAGUUUGGGCCCCCCUGCGCCCCGCCAUGGCCGUGGAGGGAGGACGGAUACGCGACGGGGAG